UCACAGUUUCCUGUUACAACAUUUAUGGGAAAUUUUUUAUAUGCAGGAAGAGUGACUAUAGUUUGUAGUUGUUAGAGUUCACAAGUUUACUCAAUGAUUAUUCAUGCCACAUAUACACACUCACACUCUCUUUGCUUCCCUUUAAUUAAAUAUUUAAGGUACUUACAUCCGUAAUUGACAGUGUAAGGGCAUUUUUUUUAAGAUGAUUUCUCUGCUUUUGGAUGCAGUGCACCCUUUCAGCCAGCAGGUGUCGACUGACAUCACUAAAAGCUUCAAGUAUGUAUAAUCAGUCUUGUUGUCAGCACCCCAACAUUUAUCAUCAUUAUCAUCUUGCUUAAAAGUUUUCAGGCAAUAUUUUUUGUGCCGGUGGCCCCAGAUUUAUGACAUUUUAUAAAAUAAAUUAAUUUAUCAUAAAUUCUUCGUAAUUAAACCUCAGCACUACAUUGUAUCAUUCAAAGAUGUUUUGUUUAAUUCAAAUUCUAAGUUUGCUUUACGUUAGGAAUUUUAUUUGGGGGGCACAAAUGGAUGCACCCUACACCAGGGGGAAGGGGGUGCAUGCCAAGAAGUUUAAGAACCACUGCUUUUGAUUAAGAAAUUCUAUCUUACACUUGUGAUCUUGUGGUCUCAUUUAGAUAUCAAUGCCAGUGGUUCUGUUUAAAAGCCUGUAAUGUCUUUUAUCUAUAUUCAGGUUGAGUCAUGUCUCUUGGCUGCUGUUCCCUACAGCCAUUAACUGAUGAUGCUGGAUACAGAGGAGCCAGGCAGUGCAUUAGCAAUAACGGCAAUGCCCUUUAUAAAGGCCAGAAUUUUCACUCGCAUGAUAUUUCAUAAUAGAAAGACAGAAAACUUGUUACAUCACUCUGAUUUUAUCUGGCUAGACUGUAAAGAGCCUGUUUAAUUUUAAAUGACUUAUGCAAAAAAUCUGGCAUCGAAAAGCGUUGUUUUGCAAAUCCUUUGAAUUUUUGUUUUGAAUUAAAUUCAGUCUUUGGUUGGUAAAUGUCAAUCUUAUUUCGUUAAAUAAGUUGUUGUUAAUGCUUGUGUUAAUAAUUUCUUGUAUUUAAUCAUAAAAUUAAUAAAUUAUGCUCUGGACCAGAUUAAGUAUGGUAGGUGUGCACUAUGGUGCAAUUAGUAUCUGGUUGUUUACUUGUCUGGCAAAAUGACUUUAGCAAUUUAUUUUUAGAAAUCUCCGCUUUCAAAACUCGUUUCACAUUCAGGUCAAUUUCUGUCCUUAUUUGAGGUUCAUUGAAACGCGUUGCUGAACUGAUAGAAAGAAUCUCGCGAUCUGUUCUGAUUGGCCAGACGGCGCGAAAUGAACCAAUCAAAUCCUAAUCCGGUGAAUUGUCCGGCGUUGAAUUGGGCGUGGCCUCGAAAAACAUCGCAUAGCGAGAACCAAUCAGAUGAAGAAGAAAUCAGCCAAGGCCAUCGUCAGAUGUCGGCGCAGAGAAAACAGGAACGGCUGAAAGAAUAGUGAAGGAGUGAACGAGCACGCUGCGUGGAGGAAAAAGUGUCUCUUGCAAUCACCUCAGCUGUCAACAGACUGAAAGAGGCUUGCGAUUUAUGAGACAAUACCCAUUCUUCUGAAUCAUAUUAACACUGUGAUUUGUGUGAUAUAGCACCAUGUCAGCGAAAGCAAUCUCAGAGCAGACAGGGAAGGAGUUUCUCUACAAGCACAUUUGCACUACAGCUGCUGUACAGAACCGGUUCCGGUAUGCCAAUGUGACACCAGAAACUGACUGGGAGCGGCUGGUUCAGGAUCACCCCUGGCUUCUGACAGAGAAAUUGGUUGUUAAACCUGAUCAGCUGAUUAAACGCAGAGGGAAGCUGGGAUUGGUGGGUGUGAACCUGGACCUGAACGGUGUGAAGGAAUGGCUUAAACCUCGUCGUAUGCAAGAGACUACGGUGGGGAAGGCUAAAGGGAUACUCAAGAACUUCCUGAUAGAGCCUUUUGUUGCACACAAGCAGGAGGAGGAGUUUUACGUGUGCAUCUAUGCCACGCGUGAGGGCGAUUACAUGCUCUUCCAUCACGAGGGUGGUGUGGACGUGGGAGACGUGGACUCCAAAGCCCUGAAACUCCUGGUGGGAGUGGAUGAGAAGAUCAGCCCUGAGACAGUGAAGAGUGAACUCCUUAAAAAUGCUCCUGAUGACAAAAAAGAAGUGUUAACAAGUUUCCUGGUGGGCCUGUUCAACCUGUAUGAAGACCUUUACUUUACAUACUUGGAGAUAAACCCUCUUGUGGUCACUAAGGAUGGAGUGUUUGUGCUGGACAUGGCUGCUAAAAUCGACGCUACCGCUGAUUACUUGUGUAAGGCCAAAUGGGGAGAUGUUGAGUUUCCCCCUCCCUUUGGCAGAGAAGCUUAUCCUGAGGAGGCAUACAUAGCCGAUUUGGAUGCUAAGAGCGGUGCCAGCCUCAAGCUCACUCUCCUCAAUCCACGCGGACGAAUCUGGACCAUGGUGGCAGGGGGCGGAGCCUCUGUUGUUUACAGUGACACAAUAUGUGAUCUGGGUGGAGUUGAAGAACUGGCCAACUAUGGUGAAUAUUCAGGCGCCCCAAGUGAACAACAGACCUACGACUAUGCCAAAACCAUACUGUCACUCAUGACCCGUGAGAAACAUCCCAAUGGUAAAGUACUGAUCAUUGGAGGCAGCAUCGCCAACUUCACAAAUGUGGCGGCAACAUUCAAGGGUAUUGUCAGGGCCAUCAGAGAUUACCAGGACCCUUUGAAGGAGCACGAGGUGACUAUAUUUGUCCGGCGUGGUGGUCCGAACUACCAGGAAGGGUUGAGGGUGAUGGGGGAAGUCGGAAAGACCACUGGUAUCCCUAUUCAUGUCUUUGGCACUGAGACCCACAUGACGGCUAUUGUUGGGAUGGCAUUAGGCCACCGGCCAAUCGAAACACAGCCUCGCGUAGCAGCCCACACGGCCAACUUCCUGCUCAACUCGAGUGCCGGUACCACUACUCCCGCCUCCACCAGAUCGGCUUCUUUUUCUGAGGUCAAGACUGGAGCAGAAAGCUCAUCAGCUCAAAAAAACAAAGCUGGAGCUCCACCAGCCAAAAGCACCACUCUGUUCAGUAACCACACUAAGUCCAUAGUGUGGGGAAUGCAGACACGGGCCGUGCAAGGAAUGCUGGACUUCGAUUACACAUGCUCGCGGGAGGAGCCGUCUGUGGCGGCUAUGGUUUACCCCUUUACUGGAGACCAUAAGCAGAAGUUUUACUGGGGUCAUAAGGAGAUCCUAUUGCCAGUCUAUAAGAACAUGUCUGACGCCAUGAAGAAACACCCAGAAGUGGAUGUGCUCAUCAACUUCGCCUCUCUCCGCUCGGCUUACGACAGCACCUUGGAGACCAUGCAGUUCCCACAGAUCCGCACUAUAGCCAUCAUAGCUGAAGGUAUCCCAGAGGCUUUGACUCGCAAGAUCAUCAAAACAGCGGAUGAGAAGGGAGUCACCAUCAUUGGUCCUGCAACGGUUGGUGGUAUCAAACCAGGCUGUUUUAAGAUUGGUAAUACCGGAGGAAUGCUGGAUAACAUCCUGGCAUCUAAGCUGUACAGACCGGGCAGUGUGGCCUACGUCUCACGCUCUGGUGGAAUGUCCAAUGAGCUCAACAACAUCAUCUCACGCACUUCAGAUGGAGUAUAUGAAGGUGUUGCCAUAGGAGGAGACAGGUAUCCAGGCUCCGUGUUCAUGGAUCAUGUGUUGAGGUAUCAGGACACACCAGGAGUGAAGAUGAUUGUUGUACUUGGAGAGAUUGGAGGAACUGAGGAGUACAAGAUUUGUCAGAGCAUUAAAGAGGGCAGAGUCACCAAACCUGUGGUCUGCUGGUGCAUUGGAACCUGUGCCACUCUCUUCUCAUCUGAGGUCCAGUUUGGCCACGCUGGAGCUUGUGCUAACCAGGCGUCUGAGACUGCAGUAGCCAAGAACAAAGCACUGGAAGAGGCAGGAGCCUACGUGCCCAAGAGUUUUGAUGAGCUGGGCGAUGUCAUAAAAUCUGUGUAUGAUAAUCUGGUGGCCAACGGUGUUAUUGUGCCUGCUAAAGAGCUGCCGCCCCCUACGGUGCCGAUGGAUUAUUCCUGGGCCAGAGAGCUAGGACUCAUCCGUAAGCCAGCAUCGUUCAUGACCAGUAUCUGUGACGAAAGAGGGCAGGAACUCAUUUAUGCCGGCAUGCCCAUUACUGAAGUCUUUAAAUCUGAAAUGGGACUCGGUGGAACUCUCGGUCUGCUCUGGUUCCAGAGGAGGCUGCCGCGCUAUGCAUGUCAGUUUAUUGAGAUGUGUCUGAUGGUCACGGCUGAUCACGGCCCUGCUGUAUCUGGAGCUCAUAACACCAUAGUGUGUGCACGUGCUGGGAAAGAUCUGAUAUCCAGCCUCACUUCGGGACUCCUCACCAUCGGCGAUCGUUUUGGAGGUGCCCUGGACGCAGCCGCUAAGCAGUUCAGCAAGGCGUUUGACAGCGGCAUGCUGCCGAUGGAGUUUGUGAACAAAAUGAAGAAAGAUGGAAAACUCAUUAUGGGCAUUGGACAUCGGGUGAAAUCUAUCAAUAAUCCUGACAUGCGAGUGCAGAUCCUCAAAGAUUUCGUCAAACAGCAUUUCCCCGCCACCCAGCUGCUGGAUUACGCCCUGGAGGUUGAGAAGAUCACCACAUCAAAGAAACCAAACCUCAUCCUGAAUGUGGACGGAUUUAUUGGAGUGGCUUUUGUGGAUUUGUUGAGGAACUGCGGUGGCUUCACUCGUGAUGAGGCGGAUGAGUUUGUGGAGAUCGGAGCACUCAAUGGCAUCUUUGUCCUGGGCCGCAGCAUGGGAUUCAUAGGUCAUUAUCUGGACCAGAAGAGGUUGAAACAGGGUUUGUACCGCCAUCCUUGGGAUGACAUUUCUUAUGUUCUUCCAGAACAUAUGACCAUGUAAUGAUGGAAACUGUUCCAGUUGAUCUCAUGAAGCGAUGGGAAAAUGAAGCGUGGAUCUUAUAGAAUUAAAAUAAGUUUUUAUGUGCGUGUAAAUGUGUAUAUGCAUUUAUGUUUCUUAAUGUUAUUUUCUAUAUGUUUUCUUGUGUGUGCAAGUGUGGGAAACUGAAUUACUCGCUUUAAACUGCAGUUAAAGCAUAAAUAACCUAGCAUCAAUCUUAUCUUGCAAAGUCAUUUAACUGUGAAAAUACAUGAAUACAUUCCAGAUCACUGUAGUCGUGUCUCAUGUAUAUUUAAAAGUAUAAAGCUAAUCAUCAUGUUUGCGUGCCUACUUAUCAAGGUAAACUAGAUUAGACACUUAGCAUUGUCUUUCACACAGACAUUUAUAUUACUAUGAGUUUGUGAUCCCGCACUUGUAAGUCACAUAACACUAAGGUGUCCUAAUAGCUGGGCUGGUAUUAUAUUUGGCAUUUUGUAAAAAGUGCCAUCUGUAAUUAACCGUUUAUUGUUCGAAAUAAGUGCAAUAACUAUCUGCAUUUAAAAGCGAGCAACAGCUUUAUGUGUUUCAAUAUUUUAUUGUCCAAUUAAUUAAUAUGCAGAAUAAAAAAAAGAAUGUACCUAUUUUUAAUAAAUGUAUACAAAUCAAACAAAUAUUUUGGACAUCAUCGUUAUUUGUAGAAGUGCGACGUGCCAUAACAUUUUUACAGUCCAUCUGCUAUUAAACAUCUGCACAGUAUUUAAUUUGUUGCUUACAAUUUAAAUCCAAUAUCGCCUUAUUUAUUUUCCUUUUACACUUUUUUUAUUCCACCCAAGCUUAGCUGUGAUGACUAUUAAACUGAAGUCUGUUGUAAAGCAUAUUCAUUAGUUGUGUAUUGUUUAAUGUAAUUAAUUUCAAUAAAGGCAUUAAAGGUCAA